GUUUCACUCCGAAGCAGGGAAACUACGCUACACUCACCGGCAUGAGCUUGUCUCUUCUUCAGGGCUACUCCUCGGCGGAAGAAGAGGCGGAAGACGACGCCGGUCAGCUCCGCAAUUCUUCCGACGACGAAGACGGUGACGAAUCCGGCCGCCCGGUCAGGUCCUACUCCUCUCUCCCGGAGGCUACCCGGCCGUCCCGUGAGUCGGGGCUUCCCUCCGCGUUCGAUGCAUUCUCCGAGAUUUCAGGACCACCGGAAUUCCUAAACAAUUCUGUUCAAGAACAGCCAUCUGGUGCAGAUGGCGACCAACAGAUGUGGAGGCAUGGGCGUCGCAGGAACCGUAGAGACAAGAAAGAUCUGCCUUCUGGUGCUGUCAUGGAGGCAAAACCCCAGCUAGUCGGUAUUCACGAACGUGUAAGAAGUGAUGUAGAUGGUGGUACUGGUACUCAACUACCAACCCCAUCGAUCCCAAAAGAAGGUAAACGUGUGGCAACUGCAACCAACCCGAAUGCAGAAGAUGCUGCAGAAUUGCUGAGGAUGUGCUUACAAUGUGGGAUACCCAAAACCUACUCCAAUGCACGGGGAAUGGUGUGCCCCAUGUGUGGUGAUCGUCCUAAAACCGAUACUAGCUCGGAGCCCAAGAAGAAAGGAUCAACCAUCAAAGACAAGGAGAAAAGCAAGAGAAUGAAGGGCCAAUCUUCUCAUGCUAAUUGGAAGAGUGAAACCGAGAUGCAACUCCGCCAACAGUUUGAUUAGCCAACGGCAAUGAAGAGCCUCCCCCUUCCUCUGUAGGUUAAGUCACUUUGGGCAUAGAGAGCAAGUUGUCUCCUUAUGUUGUACAUUGUCAGUAUUAUUUAAGCGUAGCAAUAGUCGUGUGUUUCAUUCAAGAUGCCUGCUCUUGUUACUUCGGAAUGAUCGUAUGUCUUAGAUGUGUUUUAACUUUAGAGAUGUCUAGUGCUCUUUUUUGAUAUGUCCAAGAACUCCGACAUUUUGAGAGUGGUUUCAUAUAGAAAAUUGUUUCCUGGCAGUUCAA